AUGGCGGAUGCCAGCAGUUGGGGUUCGGACCCUCUCCCCGAACCCAGAGUAACUCUUGAAGUGGAGGGGACCCCUGUUGACUUCUUUGUCAACACCGGAGCACAACAUUCGGUCCUCCACACCCCACAAGGAAAACUAGCCAGCAAGAAGUCCUGGGUACAAGGGGCAACUGGUAUGAGCCAGUAUUCAUGGACUACCCGAAGAACAGUAGAUUUGGGAACGGGCCGGGUAUCCCACUCCUUUAUGGUAAUACCAGAAUGCCCCUACCCGCUGUUAGGACGGGACUUACUGACCAAGAUUGGAGCUCAGAUAACUUUCAGACAAGGGGGGCCUCAGGUCACCGAUGGCAAGGGCCACCCCAUCCAGGUACUGACCAUGAAACUGGAGGAUGAAUACCGCCUCCACCAGGAGGCGCUCCCGAGAGAGGAUAAUAUAGACAGAUGGCUACAAGAAUUCCCCUCCGUUUGGGCAGAGAGGGAGGGAAUGGGACUAGCCGCUCACAGGACCCCAGUCCUGGUAGAGCUCAAGCCAGGAGAGAGUCCGGUAAGGAUCAAACAAUACCCCAUGUCUCAGGAGGCCCGGAAGGGGAUCCAGCCACACAUCCGGAGACUACGAAGCCUAGGGGUACUAGUUCCUUGCCAGUCUGCCUGGAACCCCCCACUACUGCCGGUCAAAAAGCCUCACACAAAUGACUACCGACCAGUACAAGACCUCCGGGAAAUAAAUAAGAGGGUCGCAGACAUACACCCAACUGUUCCCAACCCAUAUACUCUUUUGAGCUCCUUGGCGCCCUCCAGGGUCUGGUAUACUGUACUAGAUUUAAAGGACGCCUUCUUCAGUCUGCCGCUGGCACCCCAGAGCCAACCCUUGUUCGCCUUCGAGUGGCAUGAUCCGGAGGAGGGCUACAGUGGGCAACUCACCUGGACACGGCUACCUCAGGGAUUCAAAAAUUCACCCACCAUCUUCGACGAGGCACUACACGAGGACCUGGGUGAGUACAGAAGGGAGCACCCUGGCCUCACCCUUCUACAGUACGUAGAUGACAUCCUGAUUGCUGCCGACAUGGCCAAAGACUGUGAGCGAGGGACCCAGGACCUGCUGGCUAGCCUGGGGGCCUUAGGGUACCGGGCAUCCGCGAAGAAGGCUCAGAUAUGCAAGGAGAGGGUAAGUUACCUGGGAUAUAUCCUGGAGGGCGGACAGCUGCGGUUAUCAGAUGCCAGAAAAGAAACUGUCCUAAAGAUCCCUACUCCCACCUCCCUAAGAGAAGUGAGGGAAUUCCUAGGAUCAGCUGGCUACUGCCGCCUCUGGGUUCCAGGUUUAGCUGAGAUUGCCAGGCCCCUUUAUGAAGCUACCAAAGAGGGGAAAACAUUUAAAUGGACUGAAAAAGAAGAAAUUGCCUUUAAUCAGUUAAAAAAGGCCCUCCUAAGUGCCCCAGCCCUGGGCCUACCAGACAUUACGAAACCCUUCCACCUCUUUGUAGACGAACAUAAGGGAAUAGCAAAAGGGGUUCUAACUCAAGCCUUAGGCCCCUGGAACCGCCCAGUGGCUUACCUGUCUAAGAAACUAGACCCAGUGGCUGCCGGCUGGCCGCCAUGCCUAAGAAUUAUUGCGGCGACAGCACUCCUAGUCAAGGAUGCAGACAAACUGACCCUAGGACAGGAGAUCUGGAUCACGACCCCACACGCCAUUGAAGGGGUCCUGAAACAGCCUCCUGACAGAUGGAUGAGCAACACAUGUGUGACUCAUUACCAGAGCCUCCUACUCAACCCUCCACAAGUGCGGUUCCACCCCAGUGCAGCCCUCAAUCCUGCAACCCUGCUGCCCGACCCUGACCUAGGUGCUCCACUACAUGACUGUGCGGGAAUCCUGGAACAAGUACAUGGAUUCCGGAUGGACCUGACCGACCGGCCCCUCCCCAAUGCCGAGGCUACUUGGUUCACUGAUGGCAGCAGCUUUGUGCGAGAUGGACACAGGUAUGCGGGUGCAGUGGUGGUCACCGAAACGGACACCGUAUGGGUGGAGGCUCUACCCUCCGGAACGUCAGCCCAGCGAGCAGAGCUCAUAGCCCUCACCAAGGUGCUGAUGCUGGGAGCUGGAAAACGGCUUAACAUCUACACAGACAGCUGUUAUGCGUUUGCCACAGCUCAUAUUCAUGGAGCAAUUUAUCAGGAGAGGGGGUUACUGACGGCAGAAGGACGGACUAUAAAAAAUAAGCAGGAGAUACUUAACCUGCUUACGGCCUUAUGGCUUCCUGCCAAGCUAGCCAUUAUCCACUGCCAAGGGCACCAAAAAGCUGAUAACCCAGUAGCUAGAGGUAAUCGAAAGGCGGACCAGGCAGCCAAGGCAGUAGCCCUUACUCCAGAGAUAAAGGGAUGGUGGUAUACACCUAACAAGGAGCACAUGCUGCCAGACCGGCUCGGAGUCUCAACAUUAGAGCACAUGCAUCAGUCUACUCACAUGGGGGCUCGAAAAUUAAAAGACUUAAUCCGACAUGCCGGAAUCAAGAUUCACCAACAGGACACCAAAAUAAAGCAAGUUGUAUCUGCCUGCAAGACCUGCCAACUCACCAAUGCAAGAGACACAUUAAAUAAAAAAGGAACCAGGCUCAGAGGCACCAGACCGGGAGCCCAAUGGGAAGUCGACUUCACUGAAGUCAAACCAGGAAAGUAUGGUUAUAAAUAUCUUUUAGUAUUUACAGACACCUUCUCUGGCUGGGUGGAGGCAUACCCAACCAAGCAUGAAACGGCUCAGACGGUGGCUAAGAAGCUACUAGAAGACAUCUUACCCAGGUAUGGUUGUCCUGCCAUGGUAGGAUCCAACAAUGGACCAGCUUUUAUUUCGCAGGUAACACAGGCAGUAGCCAAGGCGGUGGGGGCAAACUGGAAAUUACAUUGUGCUUAUAGGCCCCAGAGCUUAGGACAGGUAAAAAGAAUGAAUAGAACCCUAAAAGAGACCCUUACCAAAUUAACCAUGGAGACUGGCGGGGACUGGGUGACUCUCCUACCAUAUGCCCUUUACCGGGUUAGGAACACCCCUUACACCUUGGGUUUUACUCCCUACGAGAUCAUGUUUGGCAGGCCACCCCCUGUUAUUCCCAGCCUUCGAGCUGAACUUAUUGCUGAGUUUAAAGAUCAAGAACUUUUUCUUUCCUUGAGAGGGCUCCAGAGGGCGCACGAGGACAUUUGGCCGCGCCUCCGUGCCAUCUACGAGGUUGGCCCGACCCCGACACCUCAUCAGUACAGGCCGGGAGACUGGGUCUACGUCAAGAGGCACCACCAAGAGACCCUCGAGCCGCGCUGGAAGGGACCCUACAUCGUGGCGCUGACAACCCCCACCGCUCUCAAAGUAGACGGCAUCGCAAUCUGGGUCCAUCACACCUACGUUCGGCCAGCGGACCCCUCCUCGAUCCGGAAGGACUUCAUCACGUGAUGGGCCAUCAAUCGGGACCAACACAACCCACUCAAGCUCAAGCUACAGCGCAUUC